AUGUCCGACAACAGCAGCCUCAUCAUCGAGAGGCGGCUGCUUCAUAAGCAAACACCAUCCAAGGUUGGUGACACUACUACUAAGGAGGAUGAUAAUGCUACAUCAAUGGGCGCUCAAACCGAGGGAAUCAUGACCCGCGGGAAGGCCGCUGCUCUGGCGGCAGCAGCAACAACAACAACAGCAGACGUAGGGAGUUCCCUGAGGAGUGGUAUGGACAAGGAUGAUACUACUCCAGUGGAGGAUGCUAAUGGACCUGCAACUGCCGAUAGCGAGAAUGCUGUAAUACCCAGCGUUAAAGAGCAGCAACCUAUUGAAGGAGGACCAGUUGUGGGUGGCGCGGCAGCUACUCUAUUGCAACAGGGGAGUAGUAGAAAGGAUGCUGAUGAGGCGCAUGAUACUGCAAAAGCUCUUGGCUUGGAUCCGAACCUAUCUGCUACCUUGUUGCCUGCCUCGGCUCAACCUUUUCUUUCGGACAUCCCUGUGGAGAAGCCUAGUGCAUCUGAGAUUAGACGGAACCUUACUCCUAGAGAGGCACGGCAAUUAGCAGAGCUACAAUACCAUGAGCAGCUACGGGCAUAUCAGAGAUGGGUAGCAGCUGUGGCUGAUGCUAUGAGGGAUAGGGCUACUGCAACUGCAGCAGCAAUGGAAGAAGGAGAACAUCAUGAACAAGGGGUGGAUGAAGGGGAUAAUG